AUUCUACCACCGGUUGAGUGGGCUAUAUAGUUCUGCUAUUUUUGUACCGUUUGUACCUGGCUGUACACCUUUUAGUUAUUGGGUUGAAAGUAAAGGAAAGUCAUAUUGAAAUGCGUGUGGGCAUUCCUUGUCAAGUUACUACAUCUUUUUGGCGACGAGGAUAAAACUUUAUCAACUUGUACAGGGCGAGGUGCUAGCUAGCUAAGAAACAGUGGAGGUAGUCAGUUAGCCAGCUAGCUUAAUGAGCGACGGAGAGCAGGUGCCGCUGGACGGAAACGCCGACGGGGACAAUCAGCAGCAAGUGAAAAUCUCUAACGAGGAUCAAGGACAAGUUGGCGUUAUAAUGGCAAUGUUUGGGACUAUCACUGAGUUUGUGGAAGAGAACGAGGACUGGACGGAAUAUGUGGAAAGGUUGGGACACUUUUUCUUGGCAAAUGGAAUCACAGAUGAGGCUAAACAGCGCUCUAUUCUCUUGAGUGUGUGUGGGGCUAAAACCUACAAGCUUAUGAGGAAUUUGGCUACACCACGGAGACCGGGAGAAAUUCCUUUUGGGGAUCUAGUUGCUCUCGUUCAGACUCACCACAAUCCAAAGCCUUCAGUGAUUGUCCAGAGGUUCAAGUUUAACUGCCAUUUUCGGAAAACAGGUCACUCUGUUGCUAACUUUGUUGCUGAAUUACGUGAACUCUCUGAACAUUGUGAGUUUGGGGCUAUGUUAGAGGACAUGCUCCGUGACAGAUUAGUCUGUGGCAUUAAUGAGGACAGCAUACAGCGCCGGUUGCUGGGGGAAGCCACACUGACUUUCAAGAGAGCAUUGGAACUAUCUCAAGGGAUGGAGAUGGCCGCUAGUAAUGUGAAAAAUAUUCAAAAGGCCAACAGUGGAAGUUGUGCAGUGCAUCAGGUGACAAAAGAGGUGGCAGGAAAAAGGGAAAAGCAGUGGAAUGUUUCAGAUGUGGAGGAACACAUUAUGGUAUCAACUGUAAGUUCAUGGAGACUGUCUGUCACAAUUGCAACAAAAAGGGACAUUUAGCUAAAAAAUGCAGGGGUCCUAGGAGCAAGCCAGAGGGUGGGCGGACUGGGCUGGGCAAGUUCACAGCACCAAAGCCUCAGUCAGCAGCGCACCACCUAGAGAGCACAGAGGAGGAGGAAGAGCAUUGUUCCUACAACAUGUUUAAUGUGAGUGAGCCGUGCGCAGAGCCUAUCUAUGCUACAGUGGAGGUAGAUGGAAAGCAGAUGAGGAUGGAGGUUGACACGGGGGCCUCUGCCUCUGUCAUAAGUGAGGAGACCUACAAACAAAUCUGGGGCUCAAGACAGGCUUCUGCCCUCACACCGGCAGGGAUCAGACUGCGUACGUACACCGGGGAGACCAUACCAUUACUGGGGGCUCUAGAGGUGGACAUUGCAUACAACAGCCAGGAAGCAAGAGCACGGCUCCUGGUGGUGAAAGGGAAUGGGCCUAGUUUACUAGGGCGUGACUGGCUAAACAAAAUACAACUGAACUGGGGUGAGAUAAAACACACCCGAGUGACUGAGGAUGUCAUUCAAAAGUACCCAGAGAUUUUCAAAGAUGAACUGGGCACACUGCAGGGCACUGCAGUUAAGCUGUUUGUGGAUCCUCAGGCCGAUCCUCGCUUUUUCAAGCCCAGGACA